GUGGAUAGGACAGAAAUGUAGUAUGUUUCUGGAAAGAUCUUUGAGACUCAAUUGAUCUUUCAUUAUCGUGUCGGAAUUGUCCAUUGAAGGACCCCCAAAAUCUGUCUGGAAAAUGUGUUCACAUAUAGGCCGAAUUCAAUUCUUCCUCUUCAUCCUCAUUCACGGAACGAGGUGCGAUAGCAUCUGGACAUCCCUUAAUCAAACACUGAAUGGCCGAUUACAUGCUUCACGACCUUUUUCAUAUCCAUGUUUUUCAAUCUAUGAAGGCCAGCAAGUUACUCCUAAUCAAUCACAAUGUGCGGAAAUUCAGCAUAACUAUACAUUUUCAGAGUAUCGAACUCAAUUCUACAACGGAUUCAUGAACAACCAAGACGAGAUUUGUUUUACUAAUGUUACUGACCAAUGUGUUCUUAAUAACAUCCUCCCAGCUGAUGCAAAUGCGUUCACAAAUGUCAGCUGUAAUCAAGGAAUUGUUUCAGAGUACUAUGUGCAAGUUGAGGAGGCUUCUGACGUUGUAGCCGCUCUUGACUUCUCUAGGAAGACUGGGUUAAGAUUGUCCAUAAAGAACAGUGGCCAUGAUUAUCUUAGUCGAAGUAGUCGCAAGGGAUCUUUGGCUCUUUGGAUGAGAAAAGUAUCAGGGAUGAGCCAUGAAACAUCUUUUGUACCCAAAGAUUGUGAUUCUACUCCAGUCAAUGUCAUCACGACAACGGCAGGAGUAAACACAAAUGAUGUUUAUGAGUUUGCAGAAACUCAGAACGUUACAUUCAUCGGAGGUUAUGCAACAACAAUUGGUGUAGCCGGAGGCUGGGUACAAGCAGGUGGUCAUUCCGUUCUCUCGCCGGUCUAUGGACUAGGAAUUGACCGAGUUGUUCAAUACAAGAUCAUUACCACCGAUGGUGUCCUAAGAGUCGCCAAUGAAUGCAAAAACUCAGACCUUUUCUGGGCCUUGAGGGGUGGUGGUGGUGGAACUUUUGGGAUCGUGAUGGAAGUUACCCAUCGCGUUGAGCCAAAAAUUCAGCUGGCUGUGGCGUCCAUUUCAUAUAAUCGUACAUCAUCUAAUGUUUUGGAAUGGCUAUCUAUCUUAGUCAACAAUUCUUUACCAUGGGCGAACCAAGGCUGGGGUGGACAUUAUCAAGCUGCCAAUUUGAUAAGUGUGACACCACUUCUCAAUCUCUCCGAAGCAGUUGAAUCAAUGGCCCCAGCUAUUAAAUUUGCGACGAAGAACGAUGGCAAUGUAGUCAUUGAAAUCCUUUCUUCCUGGUAUGAAUUUUAUACAAAAUAUGUGACACCCAAUGAGGCCGUCGUUGGCGGUCUUCACCCACUCGCUCCUCGACUUAUACCGGCAUCUAUAUUCAAUAGUACAGAGGGCAGAGCGAAGAUGAUGGGGUUCCUUGAACGUCUAAUUUCUCUUGGGUACUCGCCUUACAUUCCCAACACUACGCCAUGGCUCUAUCGGUGGGAUCCUGCCUCAACAUCCUCUACGCCAGCGUGGCGAGAUUCCAUUUGGGAACUUUCAUAUGGUGGACCAUGGGCAUUUAACGAAACUCUGGAGCAACGAAAAAUCCAGAUUGAUCUGGUUAAUAAUCUGACCGCAAUGGUAGAGGAGUUUACACCGACAGGAGGUGCAUAUUUUAACGAAGCCCAUCCAUGGACCAGCGAUUGGAAAGAAGCUUGGUGGGGUCUUCAAAACUACGAGAGGUUGGUUGAGAUCAAGAAGAAAUAUGAUCCUGACAAUCUGUUGAGUUGUUGGAAAUGCGUCGGAUUCGAUGAGGGGAACGCAGCAACAGAUUUCCCUUGUUUGGAUGUAUCAGCCGGACCUUGAAUGGAUCUAGAUAUAGAGACCUUAUAAUGUUUGGGUAUGAUUCUAGAUGUACAAAAGGUGAUGGAUCUGACAAGACCGUUUUAAAUACAGAGAACUUGAUGGGAACAAGCUUUUAAGUAAUCUCAUGAGAAUAGUGACAAUUAGACCCUGUUAGCUUUGAACAAUAACGUGACUGAGACUGAAGCUGAGACUGGGCAAGCUUUCGGUACAUUAUGAUAGAAAAAUAGAUCGACGAAUUGUUUGAAUUAUACUAAAAGAGACGAUAACUUAAUCUAUUUCGUUUCUAAUAGGUUACCCCGAGAACACAGGAACUUGGUCUAUGUAGGCCCUACUGAACAAAGAGAGAAAUAGGUAUACCUAAGUAGCAGGUGGGGUGGGUAGUAAGCUCACCCAGGACAGAAAACCGGGACAUCAGAAAAUAGUAUUGUCUUCA